UUUUCUGGUGAAUGCAUGGCCUCGUGUGCCUUGCAGUCGGCGAACUUUGGAAAAGCUUGGUUGCAGAUAGAGCAAGCGUAGGUCUUUGGCAUGAUUGGUUAUAUAAGAAUAUGAGUGAGGAUACCACUUGUGAGGUGAAUGUACGAUCGAACUUGAGCGGAUGAUGGUGCUGGGUAAGUAUUGGGGUAGGUAUAUAUACCAUUCCCUGCUGUGGUCGUGUUUUCAGUGGACAGGCGUUUGUGGACCCCACUGUGGUCGUAGUAUUGUGCUUUGCGAUUGGCAAACACAUAAUUCGUACAAGGAUACUUUGUGGAGGUUACUAGUGGAUGUGGGCCAUGUGACGCGUGAACGCAUUGUUGUUGAAGCAACCACAUCCAUUUGAAUGCUUCGUCACCUGUUACAGCAUCGAGCAAACGCCAGGAUAUAGUUAUUUGCCAGAGACAUGCAGGUCGAUCGAAAUUUAACGUGGAGAAUCGAGUAAAGACCGGCAUGGAUGUCGAACCAAGGUCCGACAAAUUUUUAGAGGUCUCUGUCGUCGUGACCGGCCUGGGCCAUGCAACAGGCACUC